AUGCUCUCCUUCCGCAAGGCCCUCGUGGUCGCUCUCGCCCUACUGUCCUUCCUCUUCAUCUUGAAGUCCCACCAUAGCUCCUCCAGAUCUCCUGCCCCCUUCAGGAAUGCCAAUGACAUGCCAAAACCUGCAUCUCUUAUAAAACCAACGCCACAAGAAAAGAAGAAGAAGCAGGAGCAGGAGCAAGCCGCAAAGGAAGCAGAGGAGAAGGCCAAGAAGGCAUUCGAUGUUCCCAAAACAGCUCCGAAGAAGCCGAAGACACAGAUCAGCAUGGACGAUUUGAGGAAGAAGCCCCUGAAGGAGCAGCUCGAAUACCAAUUCCCAUACGACGUCGAGUCCAAGUUCCCAGCAUACAUCUGGCAAACCUGGAAGUACACUCCCUCUCAGGGCGAAUUCAAGGAGGAGUUCCGCGAGGCUGAGGCGAGCUGGACCCUCAUGCACCCUACUUUCGUGCACGAGGUCAUCACUGAUAACGUUGCUGUUCAUCUGAUUCGCCAUCUCUAUGCCUCUGUCCCAGAAGUCCUCGAAGCCUACAAUUCUCUCCCGCUCCCUGUCCUCAAAGCCGACUUUUUCCGUUACCUGAUCCUCCUCGCCCGAGGUGGUAUCUACUCCGAUAUCGAUACGGCAGCAUUGAAGAGUGCAGCGGACUGGAUCCCUUCGGAAGUUCCAAGCGAUUCAUAUGGUAUGGUUAUCGGUAUCGAGGCUGACCCAGACCGCCCAGACUGGGCCGAUUGGUACUCCCGCCGCAUCCAGUUCUGCCAGUGGACCAUCCAGUCCAAGCCUGGACACCCAGUUCUCAUCGAUGUUGUAGCCAACAUCACACACGAGACGCUGAAGCGCAAGUCGGAGAACCGCCUUUCCAAGGACCACAAGGGCAUAAUUGAAUUCACCGGGCCCGCGCUCUGGACCGACUCCAUCUUCGACUUCUUCAACAAUCCAGACUACUUCGACAUGAGCACCAGCAAGGGCAACAUCACAUGGGAGCAUUUCACUGGCAUGAAGGCCCCUAAAAAGGUCGGCGAUGUGAUCGUUCUGCCCAUCACCAGCUUCAGUCCUGGCGUCAAGACGAUGAACGCAGGUGAGGACGAUGAUCCGAUGGCAUUCGUCAAACACAACUUUGAAGGCACUUGGAAACCCGAGGAGCUCCGCCACAUUGGCGAAACCAAAAACUAA